UUCAUUUUUGUUGAGCAGGAGAUGAACUGGACUGACGCUCAGCUUCACUGCAGAAAACGCUACACAGACCUGGCCAGUGUUAGAGAUGAGAAAGAAAAUGAGGAAAUACAGCGUUUGGCCCAAAACAGGAGCGUUUGGAUUGGCUUCUAUAGGACGCGGGAAUGGUCAGAUAAAAGUAACUCCACCUACCGGAACUGGAAAAACGGACAGCCUGAUAAUGUCGCAGGGCAGCAGAACUGCACUGUGACAGAUCUGGGCAAUGCGGGCCUGUGGUUGGAUGAAUGGUGCGGCAGGGAGCUCGUUUUAAUCUGCUAUGAAGACCAAGACCAAACUCUCCAGAAAUCAACUCUUUCCACCACCACCACCACAGUGACACGAAACAAAAUAACACCCACCAGUGAAGAAUCAUCUGGUGAUGGAACUUCAAAUGAGGAAGUUUUUUCCACCACUACCGCAGUGACCUCGAACAGAAUAACCCCCACCGAGAGAAUCUCUGGUACAAAGAUCCCAUCAUCUCCGCAGCCUUCAGGCCCAGACAUGGAAAAAACAACAUCAGUUCCUGACCAAACUCUCCAGAAAUCAACUCUUUCCACCACCACCACCACCACCACAGUGACACGAAACAAAAUAACACCCACCAGUGAAGAGUCAUCUGGUGACGAAACUUCAAACGAGGAAGUUUUUUCCACCACUACCACAGUGACCCGGAACAGAAUAACCCCCACUGAGAGAAUCUCUGGUACAAAGAUCACAUCAUCACCACAGCCUUCAGGCCCAGACAUGGAAAAAACAACAUCAAUUCCUGACCAAACUCUCCAGAAAUCAACUCUUUCCACCACCACCACAGUGACACGAAACAAAAUAACACCCACCAGUGAAGAAUCAUCUGGUGAUGGAACUUCAAGUGAGGAAGUUUUUUCCACCACUACCGCAGUGACCUCGAACAGAAUAACCCCCACCGAGAGAAUCUCUGGUACAAAGAUCCCAUCAUCUCCGCAGCCUUCAGGCCCAGACAUGGAAAAAACAACAUCAAUUCCUGACAAAACUCUCCAGAAAUCAACUCUUUCCACCACCACCACCACCACAGUGACAGGAAACAAAAUAACCACCACUGAUGAAGAAUCAUCUGGUGACGAAACUUCAAACAAGGAAGUUUUUUCCACCACUACCACAGUGACCCAGAACAGAAUAACCCCCACUGAGAGAAUCUCUGGUACAAAGAUCCCAUCAUCUCCGCAGCCUUCAGGCCCAGACAUGGAAAAAACAACAUCAGUUCCUGACCAAACUCUCCAGAAAUCAACUCUUUCCACCACCACCACCACAGUGACACGAAACAAAAUAACACCCACCAGUGAAGAAUCAUCUGGUGACGAAACUUCAAACGAGGAAGUUUUUUCCACCACUACCACAGUGACCCGGAACAGAAUAACCACCACUGAAAGAAUCUCUGGUACAAAGAUCACAUCAUCACCACAGCCUUCAGGCCCAGACAUGGAAAAAACAACAUCAAUUCCUGACAAAACUCUCCAGAAAUCAACUCUUUCCACCACCACAGUGACAGGAAACAAAAUAACCACCACUGAUGAAGAAUCAUCUGGUGAUGAAACUUCAAACAAGGACGUUUUUUCCACCUCUACCACACUGACCCCAAACAGAAUAACCACCACUGACAAAAACUCCAGUGCAAAGAUCCCAUCAUCUGUGCAGCCUUCCAGCCCAGACAUGGAUAAAACAACAUCAAUUCCUGACCAAACUCUCCAGAAAUCAACUCUUUCCACCACCACCACCACCACCACCACCACCACCACAGUGACACGAAACAAAAUAACACCCACCAGUGAAGAAUCAUCUGGUGAUGGAACUUCAAGUGAGGAAGUUUUUUCCACCACUACCGCAGUGACCUCGAACAGAAUAACCCCCACCGAGAGAAUCUCUGGUACAAAGAUCCCAUCAUCUCCGCAGCCUUCAGGCCCAGACAUGGAAAAAACAACAUCAAUUCCUGACAAAACUCUCCAGAAAUCAACUCUUUCCACCACCACAGUGACACGAAAAAAAAUAACCACCGUUGAUGAAGAAUCAUCUGGUGAUGAAACUUCAAACAAGGACGUUUUUUCCACCUCUACCACACUGACCCCAAACAGAAUAACCACCACUGACAAAAACUCCAGUACAAAGAUCACAUCAACUGUGCAGCCUUCAAGCCCAGACAUGGAAAAAACAACAUCAAUUCCUGACCAAACUCCUCAAGUACCAUCUCCUUCCACUACCACGAACACCACUACAGUGACCCCAGAUAGAAUAACCACCACUGAGACUAAAUCAACCACUGGUCAUUUUGGUACAGAGAUAACCUCAGUUGGGCAGCCUUCAACCACAGAAGUGGACCAAACAAGACCCAUUACCAACCAAACUCUACCAAGACCAUCUCAUUCCACCACCAUGGAUACUACAACAGUGACCCCAAAUACAAGAACCACCGCUGAGAUUGAAUCAACCACUGGUCAAUUUGGUACAGAGAUAAUCUCAGUUGGGCAGCCUUCAAUCACAGAAGUGGACCAAACAAGACCCAUUACCGUGAUCCCAAAUGACAGAAGCACCAUUGAGAUUCAACCAAGCACUGGUCAUCUCAGUACAGAGAUAACCUCUACUGGGCAGUCUUCAACAAAAGAAGUGGACCAAACAAGAGCAGUCUCCAACCAAACUCCUCAAGUACCAUCUCCUUCCACUACCACGAACACCACUACAGUGACCCCAGAUAGAAUAACCACCACUGAGACUAAAUCAACCAGUGGUCAUUUUGGUACAGAGAUAACCUCAGUUGGGCAGCCUUCAACCACAGAAGUGGACCAAACAAGACCCAUUACCAACCAAACUCCUCAAGUACCAUCUCCUUCCACCACCACGAACACCACUACAGUGACCCCAGAUAGAAUAACCACCACUGAGACUAAAUCAACCACUGGUCAUUUUGGUACAGAGAUAACCUCAGUUGGGCAGCCUUCAACCACAGAAGUGGACCAAACAAGACCCAUUACCAACCAAACUCCUCAAGUACCAUCUCCUUCCACUACCACGAACACCACUACAGUGACCCCAGAUAAAAUAACCACCACUGAGACUAAAUCAACCACUGGUCAUUUUGGUACAGAGAUAACCUCAGUUGGGCAGCCUUCAACCACAGAAGUGGACCAAACAAGACCCAUUACCAUGAUCCCAAAUGACAGAAGCACCACUGAGAUUCAACCAAGCACUGGUCAUCUCAGUACAGAGAUAACCUCAACUGGGCAGUCUUCAACAAAAGAAGUGGACCAAACAAGAGCAGUCUCCAACCAAACUCCUCAAGUACCAUCUCCUUCCACUACCACGAACACCACUACAGUGACCCCAGAUAGAAUAACCACCACUGAGACUAAAUCAACCACUGGUCAUUUUGGUACAGAGAUAACCUCAGUUGGGCAGCCUUCAACCACAGAAGUGGACCAAACAAGACCCAUUACCAACCAAACUCCUCAAGUACCAUCUCCUUCCACUACCACGAACACCACUACAGUGACCCCAGAUAAAAUAACCACCACUGAGACUAAAUCAACCAGUGGUCAUUUUGGUACAGAGAUAACCUCAGUUGGGCAGCCUUCAACCACAGAAGUGGACCAAACAAGACCCAUUACCAUGAUCCCAAAUGACAGAAGCACCACUGAGAUUCAACCAAGCACUGGUCAUCUCAGUACAGAGAUAACCUCAACUGGGCAGUCUUCAACAAAAGAAGUGGACCAAACAAGAGCAGUCUCCAACAACUUGCUCACAUCCACCUUUGCAGUGACCUCAGAUAAAAGAACCACCACUGAGAUAAAAUCAACCACUGGUCAUGCUAGUGCAGAGACUACCUCAUUUGGGCAGCCUUCAACCUCCCAUGCGGACCAAACAAGACCCAUUACUGAUGAAACUCCCAAACAGCCCGCUUUGUCUACCACCAAAAUGACCACCAUGGAGCGAGACUCAAGCAGUACAAUGGUUUCAUCUCAGCAGUAUUCAACUGUAACAGGGGAUCAAACAAACAACAUACCUGCACAACAUGUGGUUGCCUUGAGAUUGAAAUUAACCUCUCAGACACCGCUGACUGAAGACGACAUCGAAGAGCUGGUAUUAGUGCAGUUUCGCAAUCUACUGAUAGAAAUGGGACUUCCUACGAGCAUCAAAGUGGGUGUGAAGAGCACUGAAAUAAUGAGUAACAAACAGACUGAGACGGAUGGAUAAAUUAAGGACCGAUGAAGAGGCUCGCUGCUGCUUUGACCACAGAAGAAUUUAUUUAUUUGAGUGUCAUUAAUUACAAGACCCAUACGUCACAAGGCCAACUGCUUGCCAUUGAUUGGCUCUGUAACCUAGGGUGUGAGGCAGGCCCUUUCUUUCAACAAAGGCUCUCAUUGGCUGUUGUUGGAAGCUCCUAUUGGCUCAAGUGAGGUGUAAAUCAAAAGGUCAGGGUUCAGCCACCAUUUUGGUAUUGAGGAGUCAGCAAAUUUAUUCGCAAACUGGAGUUAUUAGGACAAUACGUUGAGAAGUAUGAACAUCUGGAAUGUUGCAACGGCAGUCCAUGCGUAUCUGUGGAAGUAAUAAUUUAUUUUGACUAAAUAUUUCAGUGGAUUUAGAUCGUCUGGACCUUUGAGAAUGUAUGAGGAAUAUUUUUGUUGGAAUAUUAUCGAUUAGUGGAUUAUGAUAUGGCUUCAUAUGUGAGUUAUAACUGUCUGUUGGGUCUCUAACGGAGGCGUUUAUUGGAACUGCUGUGGUGGUUGUACCUUGAAAUGGUUCAUAUCAAUCGGACUGCAAGGAGUGUAGCUUCCUAACGAUAGGUUGUAUGAGUGGACCACUUCAACGCAGCUGUUGUUUACAUCACAUCAUAAUCAUCUCAUAAACCUUACCAGGGCCAGUGGGUGGGCGGAUAUUGGAUUUAAACCAGCUUCAACUUCUGAUUUGAUGACUUGAAAGUAUUCCUGUUGGUUGUUGCUCUCCAUAAAACACAAUGGAUUCUCAUAUCACAGGUUUUCCUGUCCUUUCAGAGGGAAUGAACCUGGAUACCUUAGUUGCUUGCAGCUUAAUCAGAUGCAGGGUUGGAUAGCAUAUGCUGCAAGUGCUUAUUGGUAGUUCAGGUUAGUGAUGGCCAAAUG